CUGUGAGCCGCGCAGGGAGCGUGAUAGGCCAGCGGAGAGGGAGCUGCAGCAGAGUAGCACCGCUGUCAGGAAACACAAGCCCACUACGAAUGCAACUCGCAUAACCAGCUGUAGGAGGACGGUUUGACUGUGUGAUUUACCAUGACAACUGAGUCAGGCGCAGACUCUGAGGCCAAGCAGCUGCAGGAGAACAAGGAGACACAGAAGGGGAAAGCAAAAGCAGCAUCCCAGCCCAGCCAGGCAGCAGCCGAACCCACCUCGCCACAGAACCAUCCGGAACAGCUUCCAGCUGCCGCCGGACACAGCACCCCAGCCAGGAAAGAGCAGGAGCAGGUAGAAGAGGAUCAGGUGUCCCACCGGUCAUCCACCAGUCGUCUGUCCAGGUCUCCUUUGAGAGGCGUCAAGAAAGUGAAGAUCAUGCAGUGUAAAAUCACCCUGCUGGACGGCUCCGACUACACGCUCAAUGUGGAGAAACGAGCCAGGGGCAACGUGCUCUUUGACAAAGUGUGUGAUCACCUCAACCUACUGGAGAAAGACUACUUUGGCAUCACAUAUAGAGAUGUGGAGAAUCAGAAGAAUUGGCUGGAUCCUUCCAAAGAGCUAAAGAAGCAGAUCAGGACUGGUCCCUGGAACUUUGCUUUCAACGUGAAGUUUUACCCUCCAGACCCCUCCCAGCUGACCGAGGACAUCACAAGGUACUACCUGUGCUUGCAGCUAAGGGAUGAUGUAGUUUCAGGUCGCCUCCCCUGUUCCUUUGCCACCCACACGGUGCUGGGCUCGUACACAGUGCAGUCCGAACUUGGAGACUAUGACCCUGAAGAACUGGGCAGCGACUACAUCAGCGAGCUGCGAUUUGCACCCAACCAAACCAAAGAGCUAGAGGAGAAGGUCAUGGAACUUCACAAGACCUACAAGGGGAUGACACCAGCUGAAGCAGAGAUGCACUUCCUGGAAAAUGCCAAGAAGCUGUCUAUGUAUGGUGUGGACCUCCACCACGCUAAGGACUCUGAGGGUGUGGAGAUCAUGCUGGGAGUUUGUGCAAGUGGCCUCCUCAUCUACAGAGACAGAUUGCGGAUCAACAGAUUUGCCUGGCCCAAAAUCCUCAAGAUCUCCUACAAGAGAAACAACUUUUACAUCAAAAUCCGCCCCGGCGAGUUUGAGCAGUUUGAAAGCACAAUUGGUUUCAAACUUCCCAAUCAUCGUGCUGCCAAAAGGCUUUGGAAGGUCUGCGUGGAACAUCAUACCUUCUUCAGGCUUGUAUCCCCUGAGGUGCCCCCGAAGAAGUUCCUGAGCCUCGGCUCCAAGUUUCGCUACAGUGGCAGAACACAGGCUCAGACCCGUAGGGCCAGCUCUCAGAUCAUCAGACCUGCUCCGUUAUUCGAACGCUCCUCCAGCAAACGCUACAACAUGUCCCGCAGUCUAGAUGGAGCUCCCAUUAUGGAAAACCAUGAGACUCUGAUGAAGGACAAUGCUGCUGCCAAAGUAAUCGCUAAGGGCGACAUUAUUACCACGGUAACAACAGAGAAGAAGGUCGAGGAAGACCAGUCAGAGCAGGAGGACACUCACAAAGAUGGAGCAGAGACACCAGAAGCCGCUGACACAACACCGCUCCGACAAGACACAAAGUGCUCCCCUCAUGUAUACACAGCUGACCCCCUCCCUUCUGAGCUCUCACUCCCCUCAUCCCCUGUUUCAUCAACUAAAGUACGACGGCGGCGCAGGGAGAAUGCUCGUAAGCGAGCCUCAUCAGUCAGUCCAGCCAAGAGCCUCACUGGGUGCCGCCGCCGGCAAGCCCAUGCUGACCGUAAAGCCGCCCUGCUGGAGGAGCAGGCGCUGCUUCUCUCAGCCCGCAAGCAGAGACUGGAGCAGGGCAAGAGCCGUGGUGGCACGCUCUUCUCCUUCUCCUUGCACCUGCCAGACCUGACCUCCAUCCUGGAUGAGGAUGGCUACAUCACAUUUCCCGAUCUGUCAGAGAUGCGUUUCCUUCCUGAGUGCGCACAGAACUUCCUUCCAAUUAAGUCGCCUUCACUCAUCCCCUGCUUCCUCUUCAUCUUCUUCUUUCUGCUCUCCACCUCCUUUUCUGUCCCCUAUGCCCUCACCCUCUCCUUCCCACUGGCGCUGUGCCUCUGCUACCUGGAGCCCAAGGCAGCCUCCCUGACCGCUUCCAUAGCCCAGGGCUACCAUGACCAUGACAGUUCAGAGGAAGAAGAGACUGACAGCGAACAAACUGACUUUGCCUUUGAUGGAGAGAUGACAGCCACAGAGUCGGAAGCCGAUGAGGACUCUGAAAUGCAGACUCAGACUAACGAUGAGCAACCAACUGGAGAUGAGGCAAAAGAAGUGGAUGUUAAAGUCACUGAGGCAGCAGGAUAUCUGGUGAAAUACGUGGUGGAUAGUAUCAUAACAGAUGGGGCCACCUCCUCUGGGCCUCAUGGGAUUAGUUUGUCAACCACUAUGGACGAUGACGUCUUCAUGGAUGGGACCCUGAGGGAGGUGGAAGAGAAAACACCUGACUCCCAGGACGAGGUGUCAGAGAAGUCAGUAGUAAAAAUCAGCCCCGGAGCUGUGAGACAGGAAGUGUCCCAGGCCAUCAGUGAUAAGAAAGGGACGCUCAUUAUCUUGAAGGAUGCGGAGGACAAAGCGGACGCUGAGGGCAAGGAGACGAGUACUUUGGAUGAGAAGGAGCAAUCUGUUGUCCCUGGAGAGUAUGAAGCUGACAAGAAUGACUUGCUUGCUGCAUCUGAAGAGAAAGAAGUGUUAAUAGCAGAGACUUCUGUUGUUACAGAAGCCCAGACUACAGAAGUCAAGAUGCCAAGUCCAAAGGUGGAGAUAAAAACUAAUGACAUAAUUCAGAUUAAAGGUACUGAUUCGCCAAAAAAGGCCAUGGCAUCAUGGAUUUCUGAGGAGGCGAAGACAGAGGCCUCAGAGGUCAUCAGUGUCUCAGCAAAGGACGUAAAGGCGAUGAAAACAUCUGAUGGGCUGAAGCAGGAAGCAGAAAUCUUCACCUUUGAAGGAGUCCAGUCUGAGCAGUCAAAGUCCAACCUGACUCAGAUUACAGUUUCAGAAUCUUCAACUACAUCUUUAGCUGUGUCUACGCUGGGAUGGGUUUCCUCAUCUCAAAAGGCCUCCGCUGAUCAGCAGGAGAAGGAAGUGGUUGCCUUGGAAACAGAAGCAGAAUCAGCCAAAUUGACAACGCCAACGAGUCCGGACAAUGUGGAGAUGGCAACCAAAGACACGCCUGUGAUCCACACAGAGACAAAGACUAUCACCUAUGAGGCUGCAGAGGUUGACACUAAUGGUGACGCAGACCCUGGGGUGUUGCUGAGUGCUCAGACCAUCACCUCGGAAACCACCAGCACCACAACAACCACACACAUCACAAAGACGGUGAAAGGAGGAAUAUCCGAGACAAGAAUCGAGAAGAGGAUCGUUAUCACCGGAGAUGCGGACAUCGACCAUGAUGAGGCUCUGGCUCAGGCCAUAAAGGAGGCUAAAGAACAGCAUCCUGACAUGUCAGUGACCAAAGUAGUGGUACAUAAAGAGACAGAGAUCACGCCAGAGGAGGGGGAGGACUGACCCAGGAAUAACACAGAUGGCGGCUGUUUUCCGUUCAACCUCCCAGAAUCCAACAUCCAGAACUCCACAUAUUACGUCAGGACUCUCUGAAGACUAGAAAGGCUCCUACUCUACAAGUGCUGCAGCUCGCCGCUAGUCGCAACCACCACUUGCAAAACAAAUAAAAUGCAUUUUGCAUGAAAAGGGACGCAAUGUUGCAUUAUCAAACUAAUGGCAAGAUACAACUUUCAAAAAGGUUCACAGUCCAUCUGCACCCCCAAAUCCCUGUGUGCAGCAAGCAAAUGUUUUGCUUUCACUGCAUUCUGACUUUAAUGCAUUUUUAUGAUGAUUGAGAAUGAUUAUUGUAGCAGCAUUUUAUUUAUGAAGCAAAGCCAUCACUCCAGAAACUUAAAUUUGCUGUAGGCUGUAUGUGUUAGAGAGCAUACACUAUUUAACCUUGCAGUAGAAGUGCCAACCUUAUUUGCAAGCAAGCAAGCAUUGCCUCACUCCUUCCAGCCACACAAUGAUUUCCCAUCAGGUAGGCUGCUACAGAAAUCACUACAGCUCUGUACUGUACAUAUCAAAGCUUUCCUAGGAAAAUAGCAAAUUAUCCUUCACAGUUGAUUUCUGUCAUGUCUACUUGAAUUUUACUUUUUAUUUUAAUUUCAGUGUUUUAUUGUUUCUCAUUGAUUGAUUGAUUGAUUGAUUGAUUAUACCACUGCAACAUUUUUUUUGAGAAAGUCUAUUUUAGCAAAAGCCAAGGUGCUGCGCUAUGGAAGAAAUAGAUUUUUAUGUGCCUGUGUAGGCUUUGACCGUGUUCUUGGGUAGAGGAUCGGCUGCAGCACAAGUCCCAGGUUUGUGUGACUGUGAGGUUGAGGGCUCAAACUGCCGAGCUCUGCCCAAACGAGAUGCAAAGCUAAGAGAGAUCUUUCCUCCGCCUCCCCCCGAACAUGUCAGCUGUAUGCCUCCCUUAUCUGUUCAAAGGUAUCUGAAUAACUGAGUAUUGUUCAUGUACAGCCAUGUUUUCCUCAAAAUGGUAAAAUAAAAAUGGUAAAUGCA